AUGGGCGGUGAGCUGCUGCGGCCCUUAGUUUCGGAUGCCAGUAGCACGGUCCGCCAAUGCGCCGUUGUGGCGGCAGCGAGGUUGGCCGAACACGACGAGGGAGUGGCGCGGCACCUGCUUAAUGGGGGCAUGGUCACCACCACACUUGAAAACCUUCAAAAAUACAACGUAUAUUACAAAAGAUCUGCUUUGUAUUUACUGAGAGCGAUUGCAAAACAUAAUGACGAACUUGCGUCUAUGAUUGUGCGGCUGGGCGCAUUGGAACAUAUAGUCACAUGUCUUGAGGACUUUGACACACAGGUGAAGGAGAAUGCUGCCUGGGCUUUAGGUUAUAUUGGAAAGCAUAACGAACAGUUAGCUGGCCAAGUUGUUGACGCUGGGACCCUACCUUUGCUAGUACUAGCAUUUCAAGAACCCGAAAUAAGUCUUAAGCAGAUCACGGCCGGCGCGCUUGUUGAUUUAGCACAACAUAAACCAGAGGCCGUAGUGGAUGCGGGUGCAAUAUGCCAUUUAGUGCGUGGUUUGGAUAACUCAGACCCUAAACUGAAGCGCAGCGCUUUAAGCGCUUUGAGCGCUGUGGCGAGCGCUCGUCCUGAGCUGGCCGAGGCUGUCGUGGCUGGUGGCGCGCUGCCCCCUGCAUUGCUGCACGCCGCACACAACUCAGCGCCGGUGCGUCGCGCCGCCGCGUGCCUACUGAGAGACAUUGUGAAACACUCCAUCGAUUUGGCGCAAUUGGUUGUGAAUACGGGUGGAUGCGGUCCACUGGUGGAGUUAUUGGCGGAGAGUCCUGGUGUAGCACGCGUGCCAGCGUCAAUGGCGCUCGGCUUCAUAGCAGGACAGUCGGAUCAGCUAGCGAUGGCGGUUAUCGAAUCUAAGGCAAUUCCACCCUUAGUUGAUAUCCUCCAAAAUGAUGAAGCUGAAGAAGCUGAAAUCUGUGCAGUUGCUUGGACAUUAGGUCACAUCGCUAAACAUUCUCCACAACAUAGUUUAGCUGUUGCAGUUGCUAAUGCUUUCCCAAAGUUGUUGCAGUUAUAUACAAAUCCUAAGUCUUCUGGAGAAGUUCGUGCACGAGCCUUAUGUUGCUUGAAACAAGCACUGCAAUGUUGUUUACAUAGACCAGCACUUGAACCACUACUUCAUGCAGCGCCAGCUUGUGUUUUAAAAUAUGUUUUGGCACAAUAUGCAAAGAUAUUACCAAAUGACGCAAGAGCUCGGAGAUUGUUCGUAUCAACUGGCGCACUAAAAAGGUUACAAGAAAUCGACACAGUCCCAGGCACUUCACUCAAAGAAUAUAUAAAUAUAAUAAAUAGUUGCUUCCCUGAAGAAAUAGUAAGGUAUUACACCCCCGGUUAUUCAGACUCAUUACUGGAUAGAGUAGAAGCUUAUACACCCCAGAUUCCAGAGUUGUUUACGGAUCGAGUGCCCAGUGAUUGUCAAAGUGAAGUGACUUUAGAAAAU